GGCUAUUGGACAGUUCAGUCAGCAGGACUGGAGCAAUCUGCCUAGUAGUAAAGGGUCUGUGGAAGUACAACGCAAAAUUAGCGCAAUCGAGGAUAUUUUUUUGUGCGCGCGCGCGCGACUAGCGGAUAAUGAGCGGCGCUAUUAUACAAGACUGCUUUUUUAUGCCCAACUCGAAGAUAGCGCAUUGUUUACAAUGACAGUGCCAUGCACUACCUGGUGAACGUCCACUGCCUACACAGAGGUCUCUCAGCCUCCUGAACGCCCCCUCUCUGGCUUCAGAGGAUGCUGGGUAUGUGUCGUGGGCGCAGGAAGUUCCUGGCUGCAUCCAUCGCCUUGCUUUUUAUUCCAGCACUCACCUGGCUAUAUCUGUCUGCUGCAAACGUCACAGUGAAGCCACUGCCUCUGUCCCCACUGGAUCCUCAGUCCUCCACCCUGGCCCUGGAGCUACGAGUUCGAGAGGUAGAGGAAGAAAACCGAGCUCUCAGAAGAGAGAUUAGCCAGCUACCCAAGAGUCCUACCCACGGCAACCAGCAUUCACCACGUCACCACAGCAGCGGACACCAUGGCAACCAGUCCCAGCUUCACUCCACUGAAGAGGGUACAGGUGAUAGUGAAGCUCAGAAAGCGCUCUCAAAAUUCAACGGCUCCAGCUGUGUCCAGCAACCGGCUGUAGAUAAAUGUGAGACCAUUCAUGUUGCCAUCGUGUGCGCGGGAUACAACGCGAGCCGAGACGUGGUGACGCUGGUCAAGUCUGUGCUUUUUCAUCGACGGAACCCUCUUCACUUCCACUUCAUCACAGACUCCAUUGCCAAGCAGAUCCUGGCCUCUCUAUUCCACACUUGGAUGGUGCCAGCUGUCCGAGUGGACUUUUACGAUGCAGACGAAUUGAAGUCUGAGGUGUCAUGGAUUCCCAACAAACAUUACUCAGGUAUCUAUGGCCUGAUGAAGCUGGUUCUGACUAAGACACUGCCAUCAGACCUGCAGAAAGUCAUCGUUCUUGAUACGGACAUCACCUUCGCCACAGACAUCGCUGAGCUCUGGGCCGUCUUUCACAAAUUCAAAGGUCAGCAGGUGCUUGGGCUAGUGGAGAAUCAGAGUGACUGGUAUUUGGGGAACCUGUGGAAAAAUCAUCGACCGUGGCCAGCUCUAGGUCGAGGCUUCAACACUGGUGUGAUUCUCCUGCUGUUGGAUCGUUUGAGGAAGCUCAGAUGGGAGCAGAUGUGGAGACUGACAGCAGAGAGAGAGCUGAUGAGCAUGCUGUCUACAUCGCUAGCAGAUCAGGACAUCUUUAACGCUGUGAUCAAACAGAACCCCUUCCUGGUGCACCAGCUGCCCUGCUUCUGGAACGUCCAGCUGUCUGAUCACACACGCUCCGAGAAGUGCUACAGAGACGUGUCCGACCUCAAGGUGAUCCACUGGAACUCUCCUAAGAAGCUGCGGGUGAAGAACAAGCAUGUGGAGUUUUUCCGAAACCUUUAUCUGACCUUUCUGGAGUAUGAUGGCAACCUGCUGAGGAGGGAGCUAUUCGGCUGUCCAAGUGAAACUGACCACAAUAGUGAGAAUCUCCAGAAGACUCUACUAGAGCUGGAUGAGGAUGACCCGUGUUACGAGUUCAGGAGAGAGCGCUUCACUGUGCAUCGCACACACCUCUACUUCCUGCACUACGAGUACGAGCCCAGUGCAGACCAGACUGAUGUUACACUCGUGGCCCAGCUCUCCAUGGACAGGCUGCAGAUGCUAGAGGCCAUCUGUAAACACUGGGAAGGACCCAUCAGUCUGGCUCUCUACCUGUCUGAUGCUGAGGCACAGCAAUUCCUGCGCUAUGCCCAGGGUUCUGAGGUGCUCAUGAGCAGAAGCAAUGUGGGAUACCAUAUCGUCUACAAAGAGGGCCAGUUCUACCCCGUCAACCUGCUGCGCAAUGUUGCCAUGAAACAGGUCAACACACCCUACAUGUUCCUGUCUGAUAUUGACUUCCUGCCUAUGUACGGACUCUACGAAUACCUCAGGAAAUCUGUAGUACAGCUGGACAUGGCGCACACUAAAAAAGCUCUGGUUGUGCCUGCAUUUGAGACUCUGAGAUACCGGCUGUCAUUUCCCAAAUCCAAGGCUGAGCUUCUGUCCCAGCUGGACAUGGGCACUCUCUUUACCUUCAGGUACCAUGUUUGGACAAAAGGUCAUGCUCCAACUAACUUCGCAAAAUGGAGGACAGCCACGACGCCGUACAGAGUGCAGUGGGAGGCUGACUUUGAGCCGUACGUGAUGGUGAGGAGGGACAGUCCAGAAUACGACCGCAGAUUCGUGGGAUUCGGCUGGAACAAAGUGGCUCACAUCAUGGAGUUAGAUGCGCAGGAAUACGAGUUUGUGGUUCUACCCAACGCCUAUAUGAUCCACAUGCCUCAUGCGCCGAGCUUCGACAUCACCAAGUUCCGCUCCAAUAAACAAUACCGUGUUUGCCUCAAGACUCUCAAAGAAGAGUUUCAGCAGAACAUGUCCCGCCGCUACGGAUUCGCUGCCCUCAAAUACAUGACUGCGGACAACAACAGCUAGCAACGUCACCUUUAUAUUUUUCACUUUUCAGGUGAUACCAUUAGAUAUCACAUAGGAAAGCAGUGCAGAGGGUCGGUAACAGACCCAACAGGGUGAUAACGGACACUCGGCGUAAGUCAGAGGAGUGUGUUCUUCCAUUCUAUCAUUCAGGAAGCUGUCAUGAUGACCAUUUAGUCACUGCUUUGGAAACAGCAGUAGUGCAGCGUGUCAUCUGUUGGAUGUCAUGGCGUUGUUCUGGAUGAGUUCAAUCCACCAGAUUCCCUGAUUGACCUUCUCCAUGAACAGGAAUUGAGACGUUAAAACCAUUGGGCAAGCAGAAAUUUUUCUACGGGCUGAUUUGUGUUCCAGUGAACUGGACAUGACUGAAUAUGAGCAGAGGAAAUGCCACCACAGAGAUCGAGCUGUUGGACUCCAUCUACUGAUUGCCUAGAAGCUGAAUUUAGCAUGUUUGUGUGCUUUCAGUCAUAGGGUGAUGUUUAGCAGUACUGGAUCUCAGACUAAUGACACGUUAGCUUUCAGACCAAGCAACAUAGAGACACAGAAAGGGUCAUUUUUCUCAGGAAAGUGAUCACUGGAGAGAUUAGGUUGCUCAAGUAUUAAUAAUAUGAUGUUUACAUCUUUUACAGAAUAUAACGUAGUGUUGUUAGAAACAAAAGUUGAGAUGUCUUAGAUUUCGUAGCACCUUUGUGGAAUCACUUUUCCUAUUAGAGCUCAAGAGGGCUAAAGAUUGCAACCAAUACAUAGUAACCUUGUGUUUAUGGACACCGUCAGGCUAUCAGCAUUGACAAUCCAGACACAGACGAAAGCCCAAAUCAACUAAGAGUCACUUUCUUCAGCAUUUUACUGUAUGUUCUCAUAUUUCUGUGCUCAUUGUGAUUUCAAUGUUUUGGUGUCAUUGUUCUGCGUAUGUGUUCCAUGUACAUUUCUUGCAGCUAACAGAAAUGCACUAACUCCAGGGUUAAACAUUGAAGGAUUGGAAGCUUGGGUUUAGGUUUUAAAUGCAGGCCACACAGUGUCAUUUAGGACACAAGGCAAAACCAGUGCCAGUGUUUACAAAUAAUUGUGCACCAUGUUCCAGGGUUAGUUUGCACUUUUUUUCUGUCUAACCCUAAAAUGAAGGUCUGGGUAUUAUGUGAUAUGGAAGUUCCUUCAUUUAUGUUAUGUGUAAAUGAAACAAAUCUAAUUCGCACAACCACUAAUCUGAAAAAUCAGUAAUAAUGAUAGGAUUGACCAUAACCAUGGACAAUGGCCUACAUACUGUUUGUGCAUGGAAUUUCGAUGAAAUCUGUCAACAUCUGGUGAGUGCUCUUACUGGUUUAUAGAUCACUGGUAUAUAUGUAGUGGAGGAAACAGGGAAUGGUUCCACACGGCUGAAUCUGAAACUGCUGCUCAGACUUUAUGAAGUCUGCUCUGCUAACUGUCACAGAAACAAACUGCAUUUUAAUUCCUUUAGAAUUCCCAUUAAGGUGUACAUUUGUACAGUGCUAGAUUUGAUAUUUUAUUGUAGGCCUGUUUAAUCUCUCUUUUUUUUUUUUUAAGGUCAACAUUUCAGCCUUUUUUUUUUUGUCUUGGGUUGGAAGCCAACGUUUUUUUAUUAGCAGCCAAAAUGCUGGUGUAUCCCUAAUAAAUAGAGUUAACUGAAGUUAACUAUAUACUUGGUUAAUGUUUGCUAGGUCAAAUUGCACUUUGUAUAAACUUUAACAGAAAGUGACAAUGCCAUUUAAGGAUGAGAUGAGAGCAGAACCUACAUCAUGAUGGUGGGAGGAGGGACUUGGUGUCAUUUUGAGUGCCAAGUUUUACUUUAAAUCCAGAGCUCCUACACAAAAUGUGUGGAAGUUGGUCUUAGAUGCACUAUAUUGCCAAAAGUUUUGGGACACCCCUCCAAAUCAUUGAACUCAGUGGUUGGGCUUGGCCCCUUAGUUCCAGUGAAAGGAACUCUUAAUGCUUCAGCAUACCAAGACAUUUUGGACAAUUUCAUGCUCCCAACUUUGUGGAAAUAGUUUGGUGAUGACCCCUUCCUGCACACCAGUGCACAAAGCAAGGUCCGUAAAGACAUGGAUGAGUGAGUUUGGUGUGGAGGAACUUGACUGGCCUGAUAGAACACCUUUGGGAUGAAUUAAAGUGGAAACUGAGAGCCAGGCCUUUUCAUCCAACAUCAGUACCUCACAAAUGAGCUUCUAGAGGUAUGGUCAAAAAUUCCCAUAAACUCCUAAACCUUGUUGAAAGACUUCCCAGAAGAGUUGAAGCUGUUCUAGCUGCAAAGGCCAGGCCAACUCCAUAUUACAUUCAUGUGCAUGUAAAGGUAGAUGUCCCAAAACUUUUGGCAAUAUAGUGUACUAGCAUGGCUGCUGAAAAAAGUAAUCAAAUAUCAAAAACUGUAUGUUUACUUCAGUUUUCAGUGUGUGCAGACAGGGUGUGUGUGUGUGAGAGAGAGAGAAAGAGAGAGAGAUAGCGAGUGUGUCUAAACAGUUAUGUCCAAACUGACAAUUUUUCUGCUA